UCCGUACAACAUCAAAGAGAAUUAUAGCAAACCCCAAAAAUAUCUAUCUACGGAAGACUUGUAGACCAGAGGGAGGGUGUGUUUUUCCUUUUAUAUAUUGGUAUAGCAAAGAAAAGUAUCCAAAGAGAGAAAGAAAGAAAGAAAAAAUGGAGUGCAAAGGGUGUGGAGGGAGGCCUAAUAGGAGUGAUAUUCAUUUGUCAAGAGGGGAAGAGGCAGAGAUUGAGGCAACGACCAGAAACCACUUCGAUGGUAUCACUCCAAAACGACACACAAAGCCUCAGCGCAGUGAAUAUUCAUCUAAGUAUGUGGAUUCUCUUUCUAAUGGUGCUCAACAAUGUAUUCCUGAAUUUCUUGAAUUCCAACGUCUUGAAAACCAUCCUGAUCAGCAGAAACUUAACUGGGAUACAAGAGAUUUGAGAGAGGAGUUUGUGGAGACAGAAUACUACAAGGAUCUCAACUGUGCGGACAAGAUCCACCACACUACAGGAACAGGGUUCAUCAACAUAGACAGGACAAGUGACAAACGUUACAAUCUAGCACCGGAUACUGUCACUGCUUGCCAUGAUUCUUGCAAGGGUAACCCAGCCACCAACGAGUGGAUUCCAGAGCCUGCUAUCGACACAAUACCUCUUGCUUCAGGCAAGCCACACAGGAGUGACAACUAGAAAUUUUAAAUAGAGACCGGACUGGACUACCAUUUCCUUGUUCAAUAAAAUUUUAGAGCUAGAAUAAAUUUGCUUGUUUACUUCUCUUUUAUGUAGUUGUGAGUUUUAUGAGGGACUGCUUUAUUUGAGUUGCAAAGAAUGCCUACUAGUUGAACUGGUUCAUUCCUUGUGUUAUGUGUCCAAUGUCGCUACCAGAGAGUUAUGUUUAUGUUUAUGCAUGUUUCAUGAAUAAACUUUGGAGAAACUUAUUUUA